GUCUCGAACAGUGGCAAAAAUGUCCUUUUUUUAGUGCCCCUUCAGGAGGAGAUGGACACUCAGCCUCUUCCCUACAAUUCAGCCGAAUUUGCAAAGAUGCCAAAGGUUCCCUGUGUCACCUGCAACACCACCAUGCCACUGCAAAUGUUGGCUUUGCAUGCCGAGGAGUGCAAACUAAAUUCCAAUGAGAAUAUUGAUCUAGUCAUUGUGGAGGAUACAGAUUUAGAGGAUCAGGUCACAAAUAUUGAUGCAGGUGCCAGAGAUGUUUCUGAAGACAGCCUUGCGGUGUGCCCUAUAUGCCAAAAGGAGUUGCCAUUGUCUGUAUUACCUUAUCAUGGCAGUUUAUGUGCUGAGAGAUCAUUCAGUACAAGGGUUUUGAAGAUGACAUGGAGCAGCCAGGGCCAUCAUCUGGAGCUCAUUCAUCUCGUAUUUCAGGACCAGCAACAGAAGAAUGGAAAACAGUGGAAAACCCUCAGGAGGCUGUACAGCUCUUCUUUGAGCAUUUGCGUGAAGGAGGUAAAAGGCAGCCAACCCUUUUUCUGUCACUGGAUUCCAGGGAUACUGAUGAGGAACGGGACAGGUCCCUCAUUUUAUUUUACAAACAACAACGUGAAAAGAACCAGUGGGCUGCUCCAUUUAACUGUCACAUUCAAGGAGAUGCUGCAAUUGGCAUUGGAGUGACUAGACAUAUCCUGUCAACAACCAUUGCUAAAUUAAAGCAUGGAUUUAAACUGAACUAUGGAAAUGCAGCAGAGACCACUCUGUUUGAGGGGGAAAUAGACCACCUUUUGCCUACUGCAUCAGCUGUACUUGUUGAGAGUGAACUUUUUGUGAUGGCUGGAAGAAUGAUUGGCCACUCAUUAAUCAAUCAAGGUCCUGCUUUGUUAGGCCUAAGCCUGGCAAUAGUACAUUCUUUGACAGGGGGCACAAAGGACACAGCCACCACAAAUCUCUGUUUAGAGGACUGCCCAGACAUUGAACAAAGGGAGACGAUUCGUCUACUGCUGAAAGAUGAAUGGACUGAGGAUGAGACCUCACAAGUUUCCAACCUUUGUUUGGACUUUUACUUUGCUGUACCAAACAAGAGGAGCAACAAGAUGCUGCUCUUCCAACAGCUUCUCACUCAUGCUGUCCUUGGCCGAGCCGGUGCUCAACUAAAACAAUUAAAAAAGGGAUUGAAGGACACUGGUGUCUGGCCACUAAUCAGCUGUAGACCAGAUGUGUUACCCCUGCUGUUCCCAAGAGAAAGUGAAGUUGAAAUCACACCUGAGAUGAUCCUGCAAGCCAUCCAGUGGCCCCAAACACAGCAUACAGAAGACAGCGAAGACAGUGAUGCUGACGACAUACAGCCUGAGAAUCUUAAUCUUGUUACAGGCCUUUUGAGAACCUUUGUUGAACAUGCAUCACCCAGCAACCUGAGGAAACUUCUCAAAUUCUGGGUUGGAUGGGAAGUAGUGCCACGCACCCUCAAGCUGGAAGUUGUUCAGUCCAGUGGACCAAACCAAUUGCCAAAGGCAUACACUUGUCAAGAGCGCAUUCGCCUGCCAGAUCACUAUACCUCCCUCUCAGCUCUCACCCUCAUGUUCCAAACCUGCGAUGACCUUGCGCCUUAA